UUUUCAGUUGCUUGUCCUGGUGACCAAACAAAAGGAUCACUCAAGCAUGAACAAGCUUUAAAAGAGACUGCGACUUCAUACAGGGAGAGAAAGCCUCUCAUCAUCACGGAUAUUCGUACCACUGCUGUCGGCUUUUUUCUCUAACCAUGUGGCUUUAUAAGGUUUUGUUGAAUUUGGACCUAAAGGCGCUUUUACUGUUUAUUUUUCUGUUCCUUCUGAUCGCCGACUUCCUCAAAAAUAGGAAACCACCAAACUUCCCUCCAGGACCACGAGCUCUCCCAUUCUUUGGAAAUAUCUUGAGUAUAAAUGGGAAACAGCCACACAUUUAUUUCAGCAAGCUGGCUGACAUGUAUGGGAAUGUCUUCAGUUUCCGCUUUGGCGGUACUGCAACAGUGUUUGUGUCAGGGUACAAAAUGGUUAAAGAAGCCAUCGUGACACAAGCUGAGAACUUUGUGGAUCGACCAUAUAGUGCCUUAGCUGACAGAGUUUACUCUGGAGCAUCUGAUGGUCUGUUUAUGAGCAACGGUGAAACAUGGAAGAAACAACGACGGUUUGCUUUGUCUACCCUACGCACCUUCGGUCUGGGAAAAAACACCAUGGAACAGUGUAUUUGUGAGGAGAUCCGAUACCUGCAGGAGGAGAUACAGACUGAAAAAGGUGCACCUUUCAGUCCUGCAGGAUUGUUCAACAAUGCUGUGUCCAACAUUAUCUGCCAGCUGGUGAUGGGGAGAAGAUAUGACUAUAAUGACCACAACUUUCAGAUGAUGCUGAAAUAUACAUCUGAGGCAAUUCAGCUGGAGGGGACCAUAUGGGGAGAACUUUAUGAGGCUUUCCCUGGAAUAAUGAAGCGCCUGCCAGGUCCCCACAACAAAUUAUUCAGCCAUUAUGAAUUCAUAUUAGACUUCAUUGGUCAGGAAGUAAAGAGGCACAAGAAGGACUUGGACUGCAGCAAUCCUCGAGAUUACAUCGACACUUUCCUCAUUGAACUGGAGAAACACAAAGACGGUGAACUGGGUUUCACUGAGGCCAAUCUGGUUCUCUGCUCUCUGGAUCUCUUCCUGGCUGGAACAGAAACCACAUCCACCACUCUGCAGUGGGCUUUGAUUUACCUCAUCAAAAACCCUCAAAUCCAAGAGAAAGUCCAAGCAGAAAUCGAUCGUGUGAUUGGACAGACCCGCCAGCCCUCCAUGGCCGACAGACCAAACCUGCCUUACACUGAUGCUGUCAUUCAUGAGAUCCAGAGGAUGGGAAAUAUCGUUCCUCUCAACGGACUCCGAGUAGCUGCCAAGGAUACAACCCUGGGAGGUUACUUUAUUCCCAAGGGAACAUCCUUGAUGCCCAUGCUGACCUCUGUACUGUUCGACAAGUCUGAAUGGGAGACUCCAGACACCUUCAAUCCAGGACACUUCCUAAAUGUUGACGGACAGUUUGUGAAGAAAGAAGCUUUCCUGCCCUUCUCUGCAGGCAAACGUGUGUGCCUCGGAGAAGGCCUGGCCAGGAUGGAGCUGUUCCUGUUUUUGGUGGGUUUGCUGCAGAAGUUCUCCUUCUAUGUUCCUGCAGGCGUGGAGCUCAGUACUGAAGGAAUCAUUGGAACUACACGAGUUCCUUUUCCCUUCAAAGUUUAUGCUAAGGCUCGUUGACCUACAAAGAUAUUUUCACAAAAAUCACAGAUCCAGAUCUAUAAAUUGGGAAUAGCUAACUAAACAGACAUUAUGAUGCUCUACAAACCCAAGAAGAAAGGUGUAGUGAUAAAUGUAGCAACCAUAAGACACAGCAAUAUCAAAGAGAAGGAGCACGAUAAGUUGGGGGAAAUACCAGAGGUUGCAGGAAGAAACAGAGAAGGGAACAGUGGUGGCACCACUGUGGUAACGAGGGUACUCAGCGCUGUGACCUCCAAGCUGGGUGAGUGGCUCCAGCAGACCCCAGGAACAACAUCAGAGAUCUCUGUCCAGAAGAGGAGUGCAGUUCUAGGAGCAUCAUCAGUUCAUUUUUUGAUUUGCUUGAUACAUAUCUACCAAAUACUGCAGUUAUCUUUGAUGGCUAAGUCAAGCUAACCGUGAGAAGUUGAUAUUCCACUUGUUUUGAGUUUGUUUAUUUCGAUCAGCAAAAAAAUAAAAAGUCCUUCCGACAAAACAAAAAAAGGGUACACAGGUCUGACCGAAGUCAACACUGCAUAAAUUUGUUAUUUCUGGGGUAGGUGUUUGGUAACCCACUUUUUCAUAUUAAUUUAAAUUCUGUUUUCCAUUUCCAUUUUUGUGUUUUUUUAUUUUGUUAAACAUAUUUGUGUACACGCAGUUCCUGCUCCUCCGGGUCAGGUUAAUCACUCCUCUGCGGAGGCGCGUGCAGCACAGCUUGUUGCAGCACCAGGUGUGGUGGGUUACCUGAAUGAGAGUAGGAGGUUCAGGCCAUAGUGGGUAGGGGGGUUGUAGGGUUGGGAUAAUGGUUUUAAGAUCAAUUUUAGGAAAUAACAAAAGGGGAAACUUAUUGAAUAGUGUAUAUGUUGGAAAUGUUUUAUUUUGUUUUUCAGUUAUAUUCUUGUGGAGGUCUGAUAAUUGGUGCAUGUUAAUUUAGUUUGUUUGAAAUCCCCCUUUGUAUUGGUUUGUCCAAAUUGACAGCGUUUGUUGGCAAUAUUUAAGGGUGCCUGCACUCCAGUCUUGGGUGGAAUGAGGGUAGGUCUGUAGGCCUGCUGGAGGGAGCAGCAACCGUGUUACAAGUACAAACCAGUUAUUCUGUUUUUGGUAUUGGUUUGGUUUAUUUUUCCAUAACAAAAGGGGAAACUUAUUGGAUAGUGUAUAUGUUGGAAAUGUUCUAUUUUGUUUUUCAGUUAUAUUCUUGUGGAGGUCUGAUAAUUGGUGCAUGUUAAUUUAGUUUGUUUGAAAUCCUCAGUUUGGUUACCUGUGCACUGUUUAUGGACUGUCUGGUUUGCAAUAAAACACAUUUUUGUAAAAACCUUCAAA